AUUUCUUUUUUAUUAAUAUCAACGACAUCUUUCUGUUCAAUCGUAAGCAACGACUUGAAUCAACGAAAUAAAUAAAUAAAAAAAAAAAUAAUUCUAUUUUAUUAUUUUAUUUCAACGAGUAUAUUCCGAUUCGUCAUCGUCACAUCAUCGCAUGUACAUUGUACAUACUCUCUGGUAUAGUUCUAUAGUCGUCUUCUCAAGCUUCUGCUCGACUCGAACACUGCACGGCUGGUGGGUUAUAUAGACUAGGUACCUUAUACUUAAACGAUCAAUUAGUUGAAUAGGUGUUCCAUUGCUAAGUCAAACGCCAACGCCGCCGACACGCCGGCCACCACAACUAUACCGCAAAUCGCUAAUCGACAUCGCCGCCCGACUCAAUCCGAUCGUUUCCAAUAUUAUUUCCUAUAUUUGAAAAAAAAACCACAACAAGAACGUUUGCCAAAAACGACAACGUAAUUUAAAAAAAUAAAAAAAAAAAAUUAUUUAGUAAUAAAUAAAAAAAUAAUACAUUUUUUUUUGUUAUUUAAUUGUAUAACCAUCAAGUGAUUGUUUUUUGUCUUCGCGCCCGUUGACGUCUGUUUACGGUUAUUUGGUAAUUUCUAUUAUUUGGUUCUUUUUCGACAAUUUUUAUUAUUUGUUUAUUUGACAUUUUUUGUUUUUUAAUUAAAAAAAAAAAAAAAAAACUUAAAAAAAAGGGAACAUGAUUAUCAAAAGUUCGACGGGAUUUAAAGGACUUCUUCUUAGUGUCACGAACUCAACAGGAUCAUUAAUCAAACAUUAAACAACAACACACAAGCCAUCAUACAACCAGCAGCGAUACAAUAUUUCAGUGGUUCCUAUUUAUCUGACGCAAAAAAAUAGUAACAUCAUUACGAUUUAUAUCUUCAAUCAACGUGGAAGUGAUAUAAUUCGUAUAUUUUGUCGUUUAAUACCCAAUCAAAGUGUGUGCGUAUAAAUUUUUCGUGUAUGGAUCCCUUUCGAAGAACUUGUAACAAUCUUAAACAAAGAUUAACAAAAGUUUUAUAGUAUUUUUGUCACAAAUUGUAAUUACGAAAAAAUCGCGCUAACCAACCAGUAUACUCAAGUUACCUUUUUUACUAUACACGAAUCCAGCUAAAACUAAAGUUACAGCCAAAUUUUUACUAAACGGCAACCAGUAUUAUAAAUUUUAAGAAGCAGAAAUAAAUAAACAAAUUACAACAAAAUGUCGAUAUCAAAGGAGAAAAUUUUCGAGGAGAAGGAAGUCGAGAAGCCACAAACUCGAUUCGCUACCAGAUACUUUGUAACAUUCAUGCUGUUCCUUGGCAUGGCAAAUGCCUACGUCAUGAGAACAAACAUGUCUGUGGCUAUUGUUGCAAUGGUUAAUCAUACGUGGGUCAAUAUGGACAACGAAGAAGUAAUCGAUAACGAAUGUCCUAACAAUCAUUAUGAGGCUGUGGAAGAAGAAGAUGGCGACUUUAAAUGGGGUUCUAGUACACAAGGCUAUGUACUGUCAUCGUUUUUCUAUGGCUAUGUCAUAACACAAGUACCCUUUGGUAUAUUGGUAAAAAAAUACGGAGCCUUACGUUUUCUUGGCUGGGGUAUGUUGGUCAACUCGGUAUUUGCCUUCGUGGUUCCCGUUGCUGCACGUCAAUUCGGUAUAUUUGGCUUGUGUGCAGUUCGUUUUAUUCAAGGUCUUGGCGAAGGACCCAUUGUUCCAUGUACGCAUGCUCUAUUGGCAAAAUGGAUUCCACCCACCGAAAGAUCACGCAUGGGAGCUGCCGUUUAUGCUGGAGCACAAUUUGGUACAAUCAUUUCGAUGCCUUUAUCCGGUCUAUUGGCUGAAUACGGUUUUGAUGGAGGCUGGCCCUCAAUAUUCUACGUAUUUGGUUUAGUUGGUACAAUUUGGGCAAUAGCUUUUCUACUUUUGGUCUAUGAGGAUCCAUCAUCACAUCCAACUAUUGAUGAGAAAGAGAAGAAAUAUAUUAAUCAUUCACUUUGCCGAACUGAUGAUACAAUUAUACCACCAAUUCCCAUUAAAGCAAUUCUUACAUCAAUGCCAUUUUAUGCUAUUUUAUUAGCACACAUGGGACACAAUUAUGGCUAUGAAACACUGAUGACAGAGUUGCCAACUUAUAUGAAACAAGUAUUAAGAUUCUCAUUGAAAUCGAAUGGAAUACUUUCGGCUUUACCAUAUCUGGCUAUGUGGUUGUUCUCGAUGUUUAUUUCAUUUAUUGCUGAUUGGAUGAUUACUUCGAGCCGUUUCUCAUUGACAGUGACGAGGAAAAUUAUUAACAGUAUUGGUCAAUAUGGACCAGGAGUGGCCUUAAUUGCCGCCUCAUAUACAGGCUGUGAUCGUGCACUAACCCUUGCUAUUUUGACCAUCGGUGUUGGUCUUAAUGGUGGUAUUUAUUCUGGUUUCAAAAUCAAUCAUUUGGAUAUAACACCACGUUUUGCUGGUUUCUUGAUGGCAAUUACAAAUUGUUCUGCAAAUUUAGCUGGUUUAUUGGCACCAAUUGCAGCUGGAAAUUUAAUUGAAGGAAAGCCAACAAUGGGUCAAUGGCAAAUUGUAUUCUUCAUAGCUGCUUUCAUUUACAUCAUUUGUGGUACAUUCUAUAACUUAUUCGGUUCUGGAGAACGCCAAUGGUGGGACAACCCAGCCAAUGACGAAGUCCCCCAAACAACACUAACAAACGGAGCCAAUUUAGCCAAUAUACGUACAACAGUUGCAGCUGUGUUACCAGCAGGUGGAAUAACAAAUUAUUCCGAAACUGGACAUUAAGACGUUAAAUAAUAAUUUAUUACUUCUCUUUAAGAAUUAAUCUAAUACCUAAAAUGUAAAAAAAAAAAACAAAUCUAUAAAA